AUGUGGUGCAUGUCGGCGCUCGCGAUCCUCAUGCAGCGCUACACGUCCACGGGCGAGCUCAUCGCCAUCGACGACCUCAUCAUCGACGAGGACCGCGACGUGAACGCGCGGUACCGCGCGAUCCGCUACGCGACCGCGGCCGUGCUCUACCUCGACGUGCACUCGACGGCGAUGCUCGCGUCGAAGAACGAGUACAGCGACCAGAACGUCAUCAAGCACAGGCUCUGGCGCGUCGCCGACUUCGUCCUGCAAGCCUGCGUCCACGUCGUGUUCCGGACGGUCGUGAUCGACUGGGCCAUCGAGGAGCUCCUCGCCUACCACCGCUCCUGGAACACGGACCGCCUCUCCUUCUGGCAGGACCUGUCCAUCGUGCCGCCGCGCAGCUCGCACAAGGGCGCCCGGGCCUACGGGGACCGCGAGGCGGACGUCGAGAAGUAUUCCGGCCGCGCUUGCGCCGCGCAGGAGCUGCAGCGCACGUCCGUCUUCGCGAUCCUCAACGCGCCGCUGCAGCCCGGCGAGGUCCGGCACCGCAUCGCCGUGCGCGGCGACGGCAACCGCGUCGUCGCCCACCUCGAGCUCUCCGGCGCCGAGGAGGUCGCCGACGCGGCCUACGCCUUCGGCGUCGCGAACGGCGUCGACCGCGGGUCGACGCGGCGCCUCGCGGCGGCGGUCUGCGGCGGCCAGGGCCUCACCGCGGGCGAGCCGGCGCCGCCGUGCGGCCGCGAGGCCGCGCUGCUCUACGAGAACGCGGUCGCGGACCCGCGCGACGAGACGGGGGCGGACGCGCUCGACGGCCUCCUGCGCAUCUGGGAGGGCCAGGACGCGCUCGACGCCGUCCACGGCUUCCUGCUCUUCGAGCUGGACCUCUGGUUCGGCGACUGGUUCCCGCCCGCGCUCGUCGAGGCGCUCUGCGGCGCGCUGGCGCACCCGCUCUGGCCCUGCGGCGAGGCACCCGUGGCGCGCACGGUGCCCAUCAACAUGGGCGCGGAGACCGGCAAGGUCGGCGACCUCGUCCUCCGGGAAGACGAGGAGGCCGCGGACGCGAUCGCGCUGUUCGCAAAGGACCGCGAGGAGAUCACGGCCCACGCGAAGAAGCAGCUCUACGCGUCGGUCUGCGGCGGCAACGAGAAGCGGAAAUACCGGUGCACGCGGGAGCGGGCCCUCCUCUUCCGCGGCGGGCCCGCGCGGAACGGGAACGGAACGAUGAUUCUCGCGAGCGACGGGUCGCCCGCGUUCGUCGAGGUCUGGGACGGCGACGAGCCCGCGGACGCGGCCUUCGCCUGGUCGCGGGUCCACGCCGCCGUCGACGUCGACGACGCGCGGCAUCUGGUCCAGGAUCUGUGCGGGGCCUACCCGGUCAAGGUCCUCGCGCGGUCGCCGGACCCGCCGCUCGCGUGCGGGCGCUUGAAGUGGGUCGUCGACGUCAUGCCCAUCCGGGGGCCCUUCGGCCCCGGCGGGAGGCAGGCCCUCGUGGGCAACCUGGAGAUCACCGACGGCGCGGAGGCCCACGACCUCGCGUGGCACUUCUCCAAGGACAAGGGCUGCGAGGGCUGCCCCUUCUACAAACAGCUCGCGGCGAACCUCUGCGAGAACCCGCUCGUGUCCUGCACGCGAAACAAGGCCGUCGUCUGGACGGCGCUCGUCGACGUGGCGACGCUCGAGACGUUGGGCUGGCCGCCGCCCUACGGGAACGUGCACCUCGAGGUCUACGAGGGCGGCGCGGUCGUCGACGCGGUCCGCGAGCUCUGGUUCUCGCGCAACGAGUCCGAGGGCCUCUUCGGGCCCGACGCGCGGCUGCUGCGGCGGUCGCUGACGGCCCUCGCGUGCUCGCCGGACUACGGCCUCGCGCCCGAGACCCUGUGCGCGCGCGCGGAGGAGAUCCUCGCGUCCGCGGACGUCGAGCGGCCCGGCGCGGCCAAGACCAUGGUCUUCAACUACACGACGCCGCGGGCCUUCGACGACCGGCCCUGCGGCGACGCCGUGGACCGGCGCCGCGCCUACGACGAGCAGGUCGUCGUCCGCGACGUCGCGUGCGCGCCAAAGGAGGAGAAGCGCGGCCACGGCUUCAAGUCGAAGCGGCGGCGGCCGCCGGGGUCCAAGCGGCGCGACGACGACGACGACGACGACGGCGACGACGCGCUCACGCGCAUGAAGAAGCGGCGCGACCGCGACCGCAAGGAGCGCGGCCUCCCCCCCAUCGACGACGCGACCUCGAGGACCGCGGCGCCCCCGGACGACGACGGCGACGGCGGCGACGACGCGAACGCGACGAACGCGACGGCGCCGGCGCCGGCGCCCAACGCGACGACGCCCUGGUGCGCGUCGGCGACGCAGCGCCUCGUCGACCUGAACGUCACGGCCAUCGACGCGGCCGUCGCCGACGCGUGCGCCGCGACGAUCUUCGACUUUGGCAUCGAGGGCUGGGGCGGCCCGGGCUUCAUGCAGGCGCUGGGCGCCCGCAACGACUCGGAGGCGGACCGGCGCGGCGUCCAGCAGGGCAUGAAGCUGCGGAAGGUCGACGGCGUCGCCGUCCGCGACCAGGACACGGUCCGCGCCGCGCUCCGGGCCAAGGCCGUCGCCGCGCGCGCCAACGGCACCAGGGUCGCGGCGGAGCUCGAGUUCCUCGUCGUCAACGACCAGGACCGCUUCCUCCAGAAGGGCGGGCCCGACGACAAGGGCGGGCCCGUAAUCGUCUACGAGGGCAUGACGGCGUCGGACGCGGUCUACGCCGCGUGCCUCCCCAACGAGCUCAUCCAGCCCAACUACACGAAGCUCGGCGUCCAGAGGCGCUUCCUCGCCGAGCUCUGCCGACCGCAGCACCGCGUGCCGCUCCGCGGGCCGCCCGCGCCGGGCUGCGAGGAUCUCAACGCGACGACGGGCGCCCCGAUCUACGCGCCCCGCUUCCUCCUCUUCGAGAUGCCCCUCCAGUUCGGCGGCAUGACGCACACGUUCCGCUACUACCCCGACGACUGGCCGCCGUGCCCGGGCGAGUACAACCCGACGGCGUGGAGCGUCCCGGACACGACGCUCCACUGGCCCUUCGGCGCAGACGAGGCCACGCUCGAGGCGCUGUCCCUGGCCCUGGGCGGCGAGGACCCGCUGCCGAAACUGACGAACGCGUCCUGCGCGCCGGCCAUCGAGCGCUUCGCGGCGUCCGUCUGCGACGCGCUCGGGCCGCCGCGGCCGCCGGGCUGCGACGUCGACCUCCUCAACAUCGCGAAGCAGUACCUCCAGCAGGCCAUGGAGCACCGCUGGUUCGAGAAGGCGACGCCGGAUGGCGUCGACCUGUACCUGGCCCUGGGCGCGCCCCGCGACUCGGACAACGACACGAUCGUCGACUCGUACCGCCGCGUCGCCUCCGAGCUCGGCGCGCCGCUCGAGCUCUUCGAGACGCUGCUCAAGGGCGCCCAGCGGCUCCGGGAGCGCGCCGCGGCGCUGCGGGCCGCCGCGCGGGCGCUGCUCGAGAGCGCGAACGCGACGGCGACGGCCUGUGCCGAAUUCAACCACUGGUUUGGGUGGUCCUGA